AGCUUUCGGUGCGAAAAUAAAAGCAGGAAUCUGCGUUGAAGAGAGAUGUGGAUGCAAAGAAACAAAAGGUUGAGUAUAGCCUACAGUAUAUAGCUGUUAUUUAGUUUUUUUUGUUGAGAAUAACAACUAUAGAUUUGAAGACAAAGACAGAGUGGAGAGGCAGGCGACCUUGUUCGUGGUUCCAGACACUCAGGCGACCAGCCCUCCAUUGUUCUACGUGCCCUGUUGUGCCCCUCUUCUACCUGUGAAGAUGGCACCCUCCCUGGCCACAGCCUUCUCCAGGCGCUGGUGGAUGGCUGUGACUGCGGUCAUAGAGAACCUGCUGUUCUCUGCUGUGCUGCUGGGCUGGGGAUCCCUGCUCAUCAUGCUCAAGUCUGAAGGCUUCUACUCCUACCUCUGCAGAGAACCUGGUAACAGCACCAGUCAGAACCAGUCUGAGCCAGUCCAGGCUGGGGAUGCGGAGGGGAUCACCCAGAGCCCCGUGGUGGAGGAGGAGUACCUCCAGAUGAACGGCUGGCCCAUCUGUAAGGACCAGGAUGAGAUGCUGAACUUGGCCUUCACCGUGGGCUCUUUCCUCCUCAGUGCCAUCACCCUGCCCCUGGGCAUUGUCAUGGACAAGUAUGGCCCCCGCAAGCUCCGGCUGCUCGGCAGUACCUGCUUUGCCUUCUCAUGUAUCCUGAUCGCUUAUGGAUCGAGCGACCCCAAGAAUCUGUCCAUCCUCAUAUUCUUUGCUCUGGCACUGAACGGGUUCGGAGGAAUGUGCAUGACCUUUACUUCCCUCACGCUUCCCAAUAUGUUUGGUGACCUUCGUUCCACCUUCAUCGCUCUCAUGAUUGGAUCGUAUGCAUCCUCCGCUGUCACCUUCCCUGGGAUCAAGGUGAUCUAUGACCUUGGAGCCACCUUCAUCACCAUCCUGCUGGUGUGGGCUGCCUGCGCUGGCCUUGUCUUCAUCAACUGCUUCUUCAACUGGCCCCUGGAGCCCUUCCCUGGACCUGAGGAUAUGGACUACAGUGUGAAGAUCAAGUUCAGCUGGCUGGGCUUUGACCACAAGAUCACUGGAAAGCAGUUCUACCGCCAGGUGACCACGGUGGGGAGACGACUCAGCGUGGGGAACAGCAUGAAGCAAAACCCCACGGAGCUGGCCCAACAGGAGGGCAACAAGCUGUGUCUCUCCACCGUUGACCUGGAGGUCCAGUGCAAGUCCCAGGAGGAAUCCCAGUCCUUCAUGAAGAGUAUCCUGAGUCCUAUCUUCAUGCUCAGCCUGAUCACCAUGUGUGUCACCCAGCUGAGACUCAUCUUCUACAUGGGAGCCAUGAACAACAUCCUGGAGUCGCUGUCCGACAGAGACUUCAGCACAGAGGAGAAGAUGGAAGUAGUGAGUGUGUACACCUCCAUUUUUGGAGUCCUGCAGCUGCUGUGUCUGAUGACCGCUCCGGUGAUCGGGUACAUUAUGGACUGGAAGCUCAAAGAGUGUGAGGAUGAGAACGUGAAGCCGGGCACAAGAGAUCUCACCCAGCCCAAGCGUCGGGACAGACAGAUCCAGAAGAUUACCAACGCCACUCGGGCCUUCAUCUUCACCAACCUGCUACUGAUAGGCUUCGGGGUCACCUGCCUCGUCCCCAGCCUCCCUCUCCAGAUUCUAUCGUUUAUUCUGCACACCAUUGUGAGAGGAUUCAUCCACUCUGCGGUUGGCGGGUUGUAUGCUGCUGUGUACCCGUCGUCUCAGUUUGGCAGUCUGACAGGCAUGCAGUCCCUCAUCAGCGCCCUGUUUGCCCUUCUGCAGCAGCCCCUCUUCAUGGCCAUGAUGGGCCCCCUGAAGGGAGACCCCCUAUGGGUCAACGUGGGCCUGCUGGGGCUGACGGUGCUGGGCUUCUGCCUGCCUCUCUACCUGCUCUGCUACAGCCGCCAGCUCCAACGCCAGAAGCAGGAGCGUGAGGAGGACCCCAAGAUCUACGUCCAGAUCAACAACGGCAGCACGCCCGAGGCCUUCGUCUAGAGAGACAGACUGACGGACGGAGAUGUAUUAUUUUUUUCAACAAAGAGAAGGAGCAACAGAGAGAGUGAGGAGGGGAGAGGUCACAGGUGUGACUGAACUGUAUGAUGAAUCGCAACCUCACCCACCAACUCCGGUCCCUCUAACCGUCUGCACUUGCACUCAGACGAUUCUCUCUCACACACACACACAGACACACAUACGAACACAUACACACAAGCACUCCACACAUACACAUAUACACAUGACACACACACACACACAUACAGUAUAUGAUCACAAAUUUCAGAGAACUACUAUGAUAAACACACACGCACACACACACUUUUACACUCCCCAACACAUCAUCGACUAUCUACACUGUGAAAGAAACGCAACAACACACGUGUUGUGAAACCUCUUCAACACACACACACACACGCACGGUUCAUUUUCCAGGGACACGCCACUAAACGGACAUGGUUCAUCUUCUCACAACUGGAAUGGGAAAGGACAAGCGCUGGUCUGUGAGCUGAGGAGAAAGGAGAGACGAGGGAGGAGGAUCUUCACGGCGUUCUCCUCCCUUCCAGGCUCCUAUUUGUUUCAGUGCUCUGUUGUUGUUGUUUUUGUUUUUUUUUCAUUUUUUUUUUUCAAUUUUGUCUACGAUGCCAUGCUCACUCUUGCCUGCCUGUCAGUGCAAAAAGGAGGGCACUGGUUCUCCGUGUCGCCCAGCAAAAAGAACCGCAAGCGUUCGACGCCAUGUCAAAGACCUCCAGUGCUGAAUGUUGUGACUAGAACCAGAUAAGGUGAUGUCCUCCUCACUAUUAUAAUACCCCACCACCAGUGUUUUUACAUGUGUUUUCAAUGAUGCCAGUAACGACAUCGCCUCACUUUCUAAUUCUGAUCCAAGUUAGUCUCAUACCGCACUGGAGGUCCUCUACUUCACACCCUGAGAACUGGUUUUAUGAUUAGGACGUUAUUGGAGUGUUAUUGGAGCGUUAUUGGAGCGUUAUUGGAGCGUUAUUGGCGAUAGGUCGGUAUUUUUCUCCGUGGUUGUUACACGUCAAUGCCUCUCUAUCGUCGCAAGUGGUUUGAACUAGAAGUAUAAGCGAAACAGGUUGUAUAGACGUUUCAGUACUCUAAACGGUGCUCAGAGUUCAUACCGCCAUAACGUUCCCAUUAGGUUCUGUAACGUUGGGGAUAGUCAUCAUUGUAAAUGAAUUGGUAAGAAUGGAGCCUUAUGCAACCUUCAGAAGCUAGUCGACGUAAUCUUCUCAUCUAGUGAGUGUUCCUUCCAGUGUCUCAAAGACCAAACCUUGUGACUCAGCCUUCUAGUUUUGUUGUUGACGACAACAGAGGCUUGGAGGGUUAAAGCCACAGAGAAGCUGUCGUUUUAAGACUGUUCCAACAGCUCUAGGGAGACAAGAAAGCAAAGGCUUGUUUUUGUUGUAACAUCAGCACUCUAGAUUAAAGCCUGAGUCGAUAGCUGUGCUUUCAGCCCAUUGUGAGUAAGUGAUUUGGCCAAUGGGUUUCCAGUGUGCAGACCAGCGUUUUACUUCUAGGGAAUACUAUGUGACUGUGCUUCAAACAAAAGCAUGGCACAGGUUGAAAAAAACCUCUUACCAGUUAUAAUUUGCCACAACAACAUAGGGUACAGCACAGCUACUCUCUUAGAACAAAGGGUUCCAAAAGGCUUCUUCGGCUGUCCCCAUAAGAGAACCCUUUUUGGUUCCAGGUAGAACCCUUUUUGGACAGUCGAAUAACCCUUUUAGGUUCUAGAAUGAUAAUAAUUUGUUUUCUAAGAGUGUAGGCUUGGUUAUCAAGCUCCAAUGCGUGGGCCUAUACCCCUCUCACCGGAUACACUGACUGGUCUUGUGUUGGCAGUCCUCUUUGUAGUGCAGAAUGAACUUCUUAUUGACUUUGUGCUUAUUCUUUUCAUUGGCGAUGAACGGAUUUUGGUUUUGUGUCAGGAGAUCUGUUUUUCAAAAAGUAAUAGUUUAAUCGACUGUAUUUUACCUGCAAUAUGAUACUAACAUACCCUUCAAGCUUUUGUUCUGUUUCAAGACAAAUGUGAUUUAGAACAAAUGGUUUGAUGAGACAUGGUUUUAGAUAGAGAGGAGAUGUGUGGUUUAAGGUGAACUGCGGUUGCUAUGGGCUUAUACCUGGCACUGUUCUACACUACCUGAAUUACAUUGAUGCAUUUCAAUUCUGAUUUGCUGUAGCAAUAAGUACUUCUCUGAGUUGCUGAGCAAUCCUCUACUUUUCCCGGCAACACACAACCCUAUGAACAAACACUGUUGUCCAACCACACACACACACACACACACACAAUGCAAGAGUGUGGAUUGAUAUAAUGCAAUGUUUAUUACAAAAGGUGCUUCUCAAUGACAGGAACAUAGAUUAACUAGUCUAUCUAUCAAUCUAGCUAUGGGUCUCACCUACAAAGCCUCACUUUGUAGCGACAAAUUACUUGAAUUAUUGAAUUCCAACUUGAACCUUGAUUCACUUUUCGAAUCAGAAAGGGAGACAGAGAGACACUUGAAUAUGAUAUCUGUUUCUAAAUCCACAUUCUUGCAGCUGUUGUGAUCGUGGGACCCAGGUGGGCAUGGCAGGCAGGUCAUGAUAGGACUUUAUGUUCUUGAAUGAUCUGUUGCAGGUAACAGAAACCGGAGAGAGAGCGCGACAACUUGAUUGACGUAGCUCUACGUCCGCAGACGCAGUGUUUAGACUGGACGGGUCACCUGCUUUUCCUCAGUCACUCACAGAAGCACUUCCAAAGACAGCCAUGUAACCAGCAGAUUGCCUCUCUAUGUGUAGAUGAUUUGAGAUGUGGGUACGGCAGGUGGGUGCCCCCGCCCUCUCUCAUCAUGACCCGUCACGUUGAUCCAUCCAUGUUCAAAACCACUGUCCUGAACUGUUGCACUGACAGACCUGUUUCUCCACUGCAGUCUCACCCAAACACAAACCACCCAACCAAGAGAUCCUUCACAUACUGGCGAUGGAACUGAGAGACAAUGCUAGAAUCCCCAAAAGCUUCAUCAAUGAAAUACGUGAGAACUGAAUGGCACAUAUGCACCUUAGUCCUCUUACCAGGAUCUCAAUGCUAUUAUUCUGAAUGGCCUGCACUGAAAUAUAACAUAGACAGUGCACCACUUGCUAGUUCUGCAUGUUAGCAUAGAAUGUAUUCCCAGUCGUUAAAAAAAAAAAAUCAUCGAGAAAUGACAUUGGAACGGCAAGAAACGGUUAUUUUUA